AUGGUCUUUUCCAGUCGACCAACCUUUGCUGCCCUCCUGCACUGGCCGACUGAGUUGGUUUCGAACGUGCUACAGUGCUUUCCUACGCCACGAGCUUCCCGCCGCGAGUCAGAGUGGUUUGAUAUGGACGGCGCAGUCGAGCGAGAGGGCACCAUGGAUGGCCUGGAAUUAACGUUUAAGGUUGUCCGUGCUUGGUUCACUAUCAAUCCUGAUUUCCCUCCAGAGAAUGUCGUCCGGCACCACAGCUCUGACGACGUCAAAGUCAUAGUAUCUCUGCCAUGCCAGCGUGGAAACAGAGAGCUCCUAGAGCUUUUCGUGGCCGAGGCUGAUGCGGAAAGGGUUCGCCGUUAA